AUGUGACUAUUGUCUACCUAAUUCAGUUGUUCUUACCAAUUUCUUUUCAUAAUGUCACAGAACACUCGAUCUGCACCGGUCGCCUUAGCUGGUACAGAGGACCGACGGAACGACAUUGCUGCAGGCGGGGCACGCAGAGAGCGGAGACAGGCCGACCAGACGCCGACCAUCGGGAGCGUGUACGUGCGUUGGGGGAGGGACGACUGUGGUGAAAACGCCAACACUAUCUACUCUGGUGUUGUGGGAAGCGGACAUUAUAACCACCAAGGAGGAGUAAGUGACUACCAGUGCCUGCCCAUGGAAGAUGUGAAGUGGAACAACACAGUGGCUGGUAAUCAGCACCACAGCUACAUCUACGGGACAGAGUACCAGCUCAACAGUGCUGACUACUUCUCUACUGACAACAUGGACCACAUCAACAACCCCUACGACUACGACGUCCCCUGCUCGGUGUGUCUCGCGUCUCGUCGGUCUGCACACGUCAUGAUCCCCGCCCGCCUGUCCUGUCCUGAGGGGUGGAGUAAGGAGUACAGCGGCUAUCUGAUGUCGGCACAUCACGGCCACCAAAACAACAAGAACUUCAUCUGUGUGGACGGCGCUCCCGAACUCAGGAUGGGAUCUUCUGCUAACCUGGAUGGAGCCUUUCUGUACCUGGUGGAGGCGCAGUGUGGCUCUCUUCCCUGUCAGGAUGGGCCCUACGUCAGCGGCUACGAGCUGACCUGUGUGGUCUGUACUUUGUAAACUGUUAUUUGAUCAGUUGGACGCAACGUCCUCAUAUUCCCCUGCACUAUCUGUGCACAUUGUCUUCAUUUAUGU